AAUAUGUAUAAAGAUAUAGUUGGAAUCAUGCUUGGCUGAACAAGAGACGUUAUGAAUAAAUACAUCGACUUCAAGAUUAUUCUACCGCUUACUGAUAAUUCUAGGCCACUAGUACUGAAUCCCACGUAAAAUUUGGGCCGAAAGCUGCUGUGAAAUGUGGUCUCUUUUGAAGUUAAAUGAGCAUGUAGCUCGAAUGACUAAACAGCCUGUUACAGUGGUAAAUGUAGUAAGCUGUCUGGUAUUUAGCAUUAUAUUUGGACAUUUUUACCGUAUUAUUCUUCAUCCAAGACGGGUUCCUCCAAGUGUCCGUCAUCUUGUUGGCUUAUCAUUAGGCUUUGCAUUUGGCUGGCUAUGUCUCAAAAGUGACUUGCUAAUCUUGGUUCUGAUCUGUGCUUUAUGUUACAUUUUAACAUGCAAAAUUCAUCCUACUGCUGUUCACAAAGUAGUGUUUGGAGUUUCCUUUUCCAUUCUUCUUGUUGCUCAAAUCUACCGUAUGGUACUCAGUUAUGGAACAAAUCAUUUUGAUUAUACAGGCCGUUUAAUGGUCAUUGUACAGAGACUAACAUAUGUAGCAUUUAGUCUUCAUGAUGGAGUUGGACGGAAGGAGAGUGAACUGAAUGAUGAACAGAAAAAAGACAAAAUAGAGAAGCCUCCAAGUAUCCUGGAAUAUUUUGGAUACAUGUUCCAUUACAGUGGUUUUCUUGUAGGACCUUCGUGUACAUAUGUUCAGUACAUAGACUUUAUUGAAGGGAAAGACAUAGAGCGAGCUCGAUCUAAUUCCAAGGGUAAAAGGAAAGACCCUUCGCCAUGGAAAUUCAUUAGAACCAAGCUACUGUCUUCAGCCUUCUUUGCUGUAGGAUUCGGUUUGAUUAGUCCAAGAUUUAAUAUUACACUUAAUGGAGAUCCAGAUUUUAUAGGCAGAACUUCAUUCCUUAGACGAAUUUGGUAUGCUUGGGUCAGUAUUGCUGCGUUAAGAUUCAAGUAUUACCUGGCAUUUGCGUUAGGCGAAUUGGGCUUGGUCAGUUGUGGCCUCGGUUUCAGUGGCUAUGAUGAAGAGGGAAAUGAAGAAUGGGAGAAUGCUAGGAAUCUCAAUGCCUGGAAUGUUGAGUUUCCGACAUCGCUCAAGAUGGUUGUCGAUAACUGGAAUGUAUCUACAGCAAAAUGGCUACGAAGAACUGUCCACGCAAGAGUCCCUUACCAGAAAGCUGCACUAACGUUUGCUACAUCAGUUAUUUGGCAUGGAUUGUACCCUGGUUACUUCCUGGUAGCUACUGCUUCCUUACUCCUCAACCAAGUAUCAAAAGCCGUAAGACGUGCUUAUGGUCACGUGUAUAAUGAUCUGUCUUCUAUUGGUCAACAAAUCUUGCUGCUCCUCCAGAUCGCAGUUAAUAUUCUUCUUCUGACUUACUGCACCAUUCCAUUCCCGCUGCUCACAUUUGAUCUUGGAUAUCAAUUCUUCAAAUCAAUGCAUUUCUUUGGCCACAUCGUGUGCUGCCUGGGUCUAGUAUUCUUCUACAUGCGUAGUCAGCCACGACCUAAACCAAAAGAGCCCACCCUUUCAACCAGCAAUACUAAUCACGUGAUCAAACCGGAACUGCAGUUAACGCAAGAAAGGAAUGGAGCGAGGCUACUAAACAACAACCCGCUACAUCUGAGACAAAAUCAAUCCCACUUCAAGGGAAGCUUUUAAAAAAGAACUGGUCACUUACUUGAGCCAUGAAGACUAGCCCYUUUUUACAGAGAUACCGCUGGGUCUGAUGACCACAGGCGCAAGUAUUCCUYGUUCACAAGUUUUCAAGGGAGGAAGGUUGCCGACAUUUUUAAGSCAAUCAAAAGAACGAUAAUACAGAGAAUUGGUCUUUAAAUAAACCUCUUUUUACCUCAGCCAUCUUGUUUUCCCAUUUCAGUUCAAGUGUCAUUGUCUAUAGUAUUAUUUCUUCUUUUAACGGAAGACACAUGAAUAUGGAUACGACUCAAACAAAUAAUCUUAUUSUCAAGGGAAAGACACGUGGCCCCAAAUGCGGGAACAUUGCGCCCAAGGUAAAAAGGUUAUUGCACAACAUUAUUUUGUUAAAACUUAGAGUAAUUGUGCCUGACAUUAGGGCUUCAAAAGUUGUCUUGCAAAUGGUUUAAACAGCUUGAUAAAGUUUCAUUAAUAUGAAACAUUGCAGCCCGUCAAAAUAUUCAAAUUUCCCAUAAUUCCUUGCUUUUUAGGGGAAACCCCAAUKUAUGAUGGGAAUGUAACAGUACUGAAUACGAUAUUCAUUAUUCAUUAAAAACCUUUUURUAUUUUUAAAAGUAUGUUUAAGAAUAAACAUUUCGCAAUCCA